AUGUCUUCUAUAACGUCACACGAAAAAAAACAAGAAAAACUAGCGACUUAUGAUUUAGAAAGAACAGCCAUUGAUGAAGAUGAUAACUCUUCGACUUCAAAUAAACAUGUUGAGAAAUCAGAGAAUUUAAAUAGACAAUUAACACCAAGAUUAAUUAAUAUGAUAACUUUAGCAGGAGUUAUAGGGACAGGAUUAUUUUUAUCAACAGGAAGAGCUUUAGCAACUGGAGGACCAUUAAGUUUAUUGUUAGGAUAUAUGAUUAUUGGUUUACUAGUGUUUUUUGUCAUGUUAGCGCUUUCGGAAAUGAGUUCCCUAUAUCCAGUUUCUGGUUCAUUUACACAAUAUGCAAGAAGAUUUGGUUCUGAGUCUUUGGGAUUUGCAGUUUUGAUCAAUUAUUGGUUCAAUGAUGCCUGUUCUGUAGCAUCCGAUAUGACAGCCAUUUCCCUCGUUAUUGAUUACUAUAAUGACCAUUUGAAAUAUUGGUACGUCAUUUCAAUCGUAAUAUGGGUUUUUUUACUAUUUUUAAAUGUGAUUCAUGUUAGAGUUUAUGCAGAAGCCGAAUAUUGGUUAGCUUUGUUAAAAGUCAUUACUAUUAUCAUAUUCUUUAUUGUUAGUAUCAUUUGCAAUGCUGGAGUAAAUCCGAGUCAUGAAUAUAUAGGCUUCAAGUAUUGGAGUUAUAAAGAUGCUCCAUUUGUCCAUGGAUUUCGAGGUUUCAGCCUGGUAUUUGUAUCUGCAGCUUUUGCAUUAGGUGGAUUAGAGCUGAUCUCAUUAACAGCAGGAGAGACAAAAAACCCAACAAAAACUAUUCCAAAAACUAUUAAAACUACUUUCACUCGUAUCAUAGUUUUUUAUGUUUUCACUGCAUUUUUCAUUGGAAUGAAUAUACCAUAUGACUACCCAAACUUAUCAACCAAAACUACCGCCACGUCACCAUUCACAUUAGUAUUUCAACAAGUAGGUGCAAAAGGUGGUGGUUCAUAUAUGAAUACAGUAAUUCUUCUUUCAAUAAUUUCAGCAGGUAAUCAUGCAUUAUAUGCGGGAUCAAGGUUAGCUUUUAAUUUAAGUAGUCAAGGAUUUAUUCCAAAAAUAUUCUUACCAUUGAAUAGGUUCAAAAUCCCAUAUGUAGCAGUAAUUGUUACUUGGUUAGUUGGUGGAUUAUGUUUUGCUUCAGCUUUCGUUGGAUCAGGUGAAUUAUUCAAUUGGUUACAAUCAAUAGUUGGGAUUUCAAAUUUGCUCCUGUGGUUUUUUAUAGGAGUUACCAGCUUACGAUUUCGACGAGGAAUAGAAUUACAAGGUAGAACUCAUGAAUUAAUUUUUAAAAAUUGGACAUAUCCUCUUGGUCCCUGGUUUAUAAUUAUAUUUGGUGGAUUUGUAAUUUUGGUACAAGGUUGGUCUACUUUUUCACCAUUUAGUGUUUCUGAUUUCUUUCAAUCUUACUUAGAAUUAGGUGUUUUUCUUAUUUGUUUUGUAUUUUGGUGGUUAAUUGUUAAAAGAGGUAAGGAUAAGUUUGUUAGAGCUAAAGAUAUGGAUUUUGAUACUGAUAAAUAUAUUCAAACUCAAGAGGAAUUAGAAGAAGAUGAUUAUUCCAAAACAUUAAAAGGUUGGUCUAAAUUCAAAUAUAAUUUUGCUGAUAACUUUUUAUAA